AUGUUGCCGAUCUUCGAGACACACCGCCAUGCUGCCUGCGGCUCGUACCAAACCUGUGCAUACGACACAUUGCUCACACCAACGUAUGCGCAGCGACGCAACACAAACGCCUGGGACAAGGAGUCGCUGCCCAAAUCUGGCUCGGCUAACGCGGAGGAGGGGAAGAAGGACAAUACCCUGAUUGGGCAGUGA